AUGCCAGAGUCAAAUUGCUUGUGCCAUUUCCUGGAUGAUGACUACAAAAUAUCCAACAUCUCUCUUGAAGCGCUUCGGAAAAGAGACCUCUCGAUCACCCAGGCACUGAAUUCCCUCUCUGGCCAACUUGGCUUUGAGAUUUUCUUGGCAGUGCUGGACAAGGAACUGGUUGGCUUAUGUCAAGAUCCCAAACCCGUCUCUUGGUAUACCAGCGAUCAGCACAUUGAGGAGUACUUUACCGAAGAACCAAAAAGGGUGAAUUUUAGGGUAUUGAAGCAUGUUUUCGAAAAAAAUUACCGGAUCGCUACGCUGGUCGGUUUGGAUGGUAAUUUAGUUGCGGAGAAUUUGUGUCUCAAUGAAAGCGUUUUGCUCGAGACAGAUGGAUUCAAUGCGGUAAAACCAAAGGUGAAGGGUGAGAAUAAAAUGGACUCUGAGCCAACUGCUACGCACUUAUUUUCCAGGACUGCUCUGGUGAUUGUUCCGCAACGUUCUCUUUCAGCUUUCUUCCAGCAUACCCCGGAGCGCGGCUUCAGAAAGAACCCCAUCAAAGACCCUCAAUCCGCAGCCGGGUUCCUUGCCAAAGCAUCUUUGCGCCCGCAAGCACCUGAUAUCUAUUCUGAUAAUCUGCCAAAUUACUGUCGUCAUGUAUCGGACAGAAGGGGCAUGCAAUACCGCGGAGGUACACAGAACGGGACUUCCCUAAGUGAGAAAGAUGAUUCAGAUGUUCUCUACACUGCUUUACGGCUUGGAAACCUCGGAUUAUUUGAUCAAGUUCUGAAAGAACACCGCCGUCUUGGCCAAGUACCGCGCGGCGUUAUUGGCGGCAUUCUAAAAUGGCUAGACUUCGCCGACGGGGAGUCACAAUCCAGGUUUGAUCAGAUCAAAUCCAGACUUGACAUUCUGAUUGAGGGUGGUGCCACCUUGUCACUGAAACUCCAGACUCUUACCUCUUUCGCUUCACCAUCGAUGCAAGAAAACGCUUCUGAAGGUGCUGUUCACCCUAAUGUCCCUGAUUUUGUGUUAGACUGGAUUCUGUCAUGGCUGUCUUACGAGGCAACUGUCAAGUGCCGAAGUUCCUUCUAG